GUUAGGGUUAGGGUUGGGCGAGAUUCGGGUUAGAGCGGGUCCGAAACGGUCCUAGUGUCGGCGGCAGUUUCGCGGCAAUGCGACUAUUCGUGCGUUGUGUGAUAUUGGACGCAUCAUAGUCUCCUCCGUUUUUCGCUUAGCGUAUAUGGACACACUAGCCAGACUUUUUGGGCUUGGAAUUAGCCGAGGCCUCGCGUAAGCGGUGCGACGACUUGGCCUAUAAUAUGUGCCUCUGCUUCUUUGACGAUGGUCCCAGCCCGGCGUCGAAGGCGCCACGGCGCCGCCUGAUCGUGUAGAGACAAAAAUGUGAAAAACAGCUGGAGCCGCCGAUCGACCGCCGCGGCGGCGGAGCCGACUCGGCGGCGCCGCCUGGCGGCGGCGACUCGGACCGCCUGGCCGGGCGCGCCGGAAUUAUCGACAAAACCGCCCGCGCGACGAUGACGCGAGACCCGACCCGCGAGAGAACUGUGAAACCGCGCCGCGCCGCCGCCGCGCGACCAUGUCCACGACGCGACGCGAGACGCGACCCCCGAGAGAAGCGUCAAACCGCCGCGCCGACGCGCGACACAAAACGCAGGCCCCGUCGAGGGCGACCGCACGGCGGGCCGCGCGAACAUGUUCAAGGUCGGCAUGAAGGACGCGCCCUGCAAGGACCCGCUCCACUGCCUGCUGGGGUGCCCGCUCGGCUGCAUCUGCGUCGGCAACUGCUACAUGCGCCACAAGGUGUUAGAAGGCAACAUGGACGCGUACCUCUGCUGCCAGGGGUAUUAUGAUAAGGCCUGCUGGAAGGCGGGCUCCGUCGGCGACCAGGGCAACCCCUGCUGCCUCGCCUGCGAGGGCUGCUGCUGCGCGUAUGGGUCGCGGCGUCCCGUUCCACGAGUCGCGGCGACGGCGUGGAGGCGUCGCGGCGACGGCGUCGAGGCGCCGCGUUGAUGGCGUCGAGAUGUCGCGUCCAUGGCGUGAAGGCGUCGCGUCGAUGGCGUCGAGGCGUCGCGGCGACGGCGUCGAGGCGUCUCAUCAAUAUCGAUGAACGCAGGUCCUGCGCGCUCUCGGCGACGCGCAUGUACGUCAUGGACAAGUUCAACCUCGCGUCGGACCCCUGCGACCGCCGCAUCAUCCGCUUCAACAACUUCAUGCAGCUGCUCGCGUGCGUCCGCAACUGUGCGGAAAUCAAAUUGGCGCGCGUUCGUCCUGAAUCGCCGCGUCGAUCUCCACUCCACGCCAUCGACGCGACGCCUGCUCGACGGCGUGGCGGUGUCGGUUCCUCACCGCUCGACGGAACCAGCGCGGCCGCGUCAUCGCCGAGAAAUGGUGUACCCGACACACUGGUUGAUUUCCACACAGGUCUGCAACAUCCUCGCCUGCUUCAUCCCGGAACUAAGAGAUGCGGCCCAGUGCAUCCAGUGCAUCGCGGACCUGGUGUUCUACACGACGGCGGGCUGCAUGUUCGCGCAGAUCAACUACGAGUGGAACGAGCGCAAGAAGGAGGGCACGCUCGGAGGUGGUGGUUCGGUCACGGCCCAGCCCGUCCAGGCCACCUACGCGCCGCCGGUGGCGCAGGGCACGGUCGUCGCGUCCGGCGGCAAGAACGACCCGCCGCCGGCCUACGGCGGGCCCGUGGCCGCGGAGAUGGCGCGGGCCUAG